UGGUGUUGUUUCUGUUUUUUUUAACUUCAUCCCAUCUUUGUUGUAGCUUAUUUUAAUUAUUUGGUUUUGGUAUAUUUAUUGUGUACCAGUACCUUGUGACCUUGUUUAGAAAGGUGUUAAAUAAAUGAUUAUUGUUAUUAUUAUGAUUUAACAGAGAUUCAUCAACAAGGCUGAUGCGAAUGUGAAUGUGGAUUUAGAUUGAGACGCUAUUUAAAGGGUCACUUCAAAAAUUUUACCACCUGAGUUUUUUGGAAGUGCAACACUAAUUUUCAUGCUUGACCCUUUAAGAUGCCAAAAUAAUGACCAAAAUGAAACUGCUUUUCUGUCACAGCAUUUAGUGAUCAUGGAGAAAUUGUCCACCGUCACCCAACCCAUCCAACAGAUGCUUCUUGGAAAGAAAAAGGAGGUGGUUGACAAAAAACAGGAUGGGAAGUUACAAGUGGAGCAGCUGACUACAGAUGACGAGUUAACAGACCAGACAGUGAUGGCAGGAGAGGCUCUGGACAGGAGAAACAUCUGGGAGCCGAGUGUUUACUACGCUCUGGGAAAGGAGUCUUUUCAUUUUGCUGGUCAUGACAUCAGCAUUAGAGAGUCUAUGGAUACUUACGGUGCACUGAUCUGGCCUGGGGCAAUAGCUUUGUGCCAGUUUUUGGAAAAUAACCGGCAACAAGUGAACCUGAUGGACAAAGCAGUGCUUGAGAUUGGAGCUGGGACUGGAUUGCUCUCAGUUGUGGCCAGUCUGCUUGGUGCUUGGGUGACAGCUACUGAUCUGCCAGAUAUCUUAUCAAAUCUGACCUUCAACCUUUUGCGGAACACCAAAGGCCGAUCCCGAUACACCCCACAGGUGGCUGCACUUACCUGGGGUCAGGACCUGGAGCGAGACUUCCCCUACCCGUCCUACCGCUACGACUACGUGAUGGCAGCAGAUGUGGUCUACCACCACGACUGCCUUGAAGAACUGCUGAAAACCAUGCGUCACUUUUGCAGGCCAGGAAGUCGAACGACGCUGCUGUGGGCCAACAAGAUCCGGUUCCAGUCAGACUUGAGGUUCACAGAGAGCUUUAAGAGCAGCUUUAACACCACCCUGCUUGUUGAGCUCCCACAGGAGGAGGUGAGGAUAUACAAGGCUGCAGCGAAGGAGUGAAAGAGGAGCUUCAGGAGGUGACGUCUCCCUGAGAUGUUAAAGGGUGCGUUUUCCUCUCGCUGCUUUAAAUCAAUGUAGAGUAAAGUCUGGUUUUUACCUGCGUUUACAUGACAUUCCUGUGAAACUGUUGUCAAGCAGAAAUGAAGCCCCUGACUCAAACUUCCAUUUC